GGCCCCCGGGCGGGCACCGGGACAAAGAGGGUUUGCGAGAGGAUCCCCCGCCUUAAAGGCAUCGGAGCCGGCCGUUCCGCGUGAGGAGACGGGAUAACCGGAGGAGAGGGGCGAGCAGGCAGCAGGGGCCGCCAGGUCCCGGCACCUGGGAUGCGGCUGCGGCGCCGUGCCGAGGAGCGGCGACGGGAGGCACCGGGAGCGGCUCGUGCCGGGAGCGGCUCGUUGGCUACUUAGCGCGUGUGCUGCACCGGUGUGCCGUAAAGCAGCGGCAGAGCGAAUGCCCGGUAGCAGCCCGCGGGGAUUAGUUGAGGGUCUGCCGAUGGUUUUAUUAUCGGCUCUGUCAUCUGAGCGCUUUCUAACUUGACUGCUAAGUAUGCUGUGGGCUGGGACUUGGCACCGAGCAGCUUCGGCCCCCGAAGCGUUUGUAUUAUUCCAAACCAAAUGUCACCGCUCUUGGCUCAGCCGUCCCUCUGAGGAAGGUGGGGCCGGGCGUUUCCGCGGCUCUCACCCACAAGCUGGCUGCUGCCGUGCGGGGCGGCCGUGCGGGCCGACUGCGGAGAGGCAGAGCGCGCAGCCGGCGGUGCUGCUGCGUGCGGGGCUGCUCGCCGUGCUGGGGGCCGCACGCAGGCUGGGAUGCUGGCGCUCCCGAAGGGACCUGAGCGGCUUCUGGUCCUGCUGCCAGCAAGGACCCGCGAGGUUCCCAGGGGACGGGAGAGCCGGUCACGUGUGUCACAUCCUCCAAUCCUCCACGGACAUCCGUGGGUCCGGUCCUCGCACCGUUCGCAUGGUGCGUGCAGCUGCCGGCCGGCUGCGGGGGCUGGCCGGACCCCCAGCUGGUAGCCUGCUGUCCCGAGGCUGUUUCCUCCUCAAUCUGGGUUAGCGCUCCGCAUCCUGAGUGCUCAUACUUUUCUCUUGGCUGGAGUAACUCCACGUGAUACCCCUACAAGUAUGUUUUGCUAAUGAACAUCUUGUGCUGGUGUGUUUGAUCAGCCACGUGGAGAUCAGGGUUGUAAAUCAACAUUUCAUUCAGUCUUUACAGAAAGAGUGGCUGCGCUGCUUUGAGGGUUGAAAUGGACAGAUGUUUUUCCAUUCUUUUAGAUAGAAAGGAUCACCCCAGAUUUCCUUUUGGGUACAUAUUCCUUAUCUGGUGUCAAGGCUCCUGUAGGGCAUUCUGGUGCCUCCAAGUACCAGCCAGCAUCACAGUGGCUGCUCUCGGCAAGUAAGAUGACAGCAAUGUGCCUCAUCCCAAUCCCAGUGCCCCUGCUGGGGUACACCGUGGGGUGGAGCAGUGACUGCAGGGAGGAGAACUGCAUGGUUGUCAGUGGCCUACACGUGAAUUUCUGGCCUCACCCCUUCUCUGCCCUCGUAAGAGAGCUCUGCCAUGCCAUCACAUGCUCUCCUGGCUAAUUUUAGUCCUUCCACACAGAGAGAUGUUUCCCCAUGUCUAACUGCAGCUGUUUUCCUUCCUGUGCACCUUGUGCUGUCGGGUGAUGAAUGAGAAGGGAGCCAAAGGGCUGAGCUGGGAAAGGAGGCUCGCUCCUCUGAGACAGAAUAUGGUGACUUCCUCAGGCUGUGCCAGUAGGAGGUGUGGGCGAGGACUGCCCAAACCCAAACUGGGGCUGCUGGGUGCUCCAACACCAAAUGACAAUAGCCAUAGUUGGGAAGAGAGGGGAAUAAAGGGUUAAAAUUCAUUUUAAGGCUGGAACUUAAGAAGCUUCAAUCUUUGUAGCAAGCUUUGUAGCUCUCCUUGACUUUUACCUUUAUGCUUAAGAAAGAGAAAACAGAGUAAAACACAGGCUGUGUCUGGUGUCCACAGUAAAACUUGAGAACAAAAGAACUGCAGUCUCUGGGCAGUGCACGGGCGCGUGCUGAAUUCCUGCACUGCUUUCAGCUCCCCUGGGAAUUCAAAGUCACUCCGCUUGCUGGGAAACUCUCCGUGGAAAAGCAAUGGCACCUCCCCAGCUGCCAGCACCGUCACCCGGGAGCUGCACCCUGCAGCUGUUCCCCCAAAGCCGACAGUCCUGGGAUCCCUGCACUGCUCUCCUGCAGCCCCCAGCUCUCAGCGGAGCUGGCGAGGCAGCGCCUGCAGGAAGGGUUUGAUUUGCACUGUUUGGUUUGGCUAUUUAAAUACUGCAAUGAGUGUUGGGGUAAUUUUAGGCAUGUUUAUCCUCUGCUCUGGGAGAGACUCAAGACACAUGUAAGCAGUUAUUCUCCAGUGGGCCUGUUGUGUUUGUGCUUUCACAUGCAAUAUGCACACACCCCGCAGUGUGGCAAAUGGGGUGCAGCUGACAAAGCAGGCUGGAAAGGGAGAAAAGGGCAGAGGGGAGAGAAGCACUCUGUGAAGACCCCACACUGCAGCACACAACUCACUUUUACUCACUCCCCUGGGUGCAGCCUGCCCUGGCCCACAGCUCAGAGGGGCUCGUAGAAGCAGGGUGAAGGUGUCAUUCAAAAUGGGGAUUCUAUGGAAAACUUUUCAAGCUGAGUCUGCUUGUAGCUGUCCUCCUUGCAGUGGGAUUUAGGUAGCAGAGAGGCAUCACAAUCUCACACCAUCUCACUUAAGUGGUUCUGAAAAUGCAUGGAGGGAGAAAGCCCACUGGACAUCUCCAGCAGAUCAGGCAGGGGAACAGUGCUGUCUCGUGUGUUUGCUGCAUUCCCUGAGGGCAUCCCCCAUAGCUCUGCAGAGGGCUGCACUGUGCCUGGUGGCUGUACCAGUGGGAGAUGUCCUGGCUGUUGUCCCCAGGUUGAGCACCAGUUGCUCAUCGCUCACCUCAGCUUGGAUGUAAAUGCAUAAUGAACAAAAAAAUCUCAGCCCUUCCUCCUCUGGCUGGACAGCACUGCAUCCUAGAUUGGUUUCUUGUCAACAAGGGGAUUUCUAGGUCAUCAGCCUAAGGGCUCUUGAAACCUUUCACUAUCCUGGCAUCCUGGGGCUUGUUUGCUUUCUAAGUACUGCUGCGUCUGGCAAACUGUUGCUUGGGUGACACCAGCAGCAUGACUGCAGUGUUAAUGAUGGACCAGACUCACAAACUGUUAUGUAAUUAAAGCGUCUGAUAACAAAAAUAAUCCUGCAGUGUUUAUUCAUUUGCUUUCUCUUGUUACAUCAGAGCCUGGGCCUUUUCAUUCUGACUGUGGGCAUAAACAUUUGCAGUCUAUAAUGUUUCGUGUUCUGUGUUGCUUAGGAAAAAUAAACAUUUUCCUUCUUUCAUUGCCAACAACAACUAUCACCAAAUAAUCCGGAAACAAACCGUCAGGCCCCAGGAGGUCGUGCUUGGUGGUGCUGUAUGGGAGCGAGCAGAGAGGAACCUCCAACUGUGUGAAGGCCAGGAACUGCAGCACCUCCCAUUUGGCCUCAUUUGACCAAAGUUUGGCCUUUUCAUUUCCAUUCCCUCUGCUCUGUGUGCAGUAGGACAGAGCUGCAGCCCAGCUUGAAGGAGCCAGUCCUGUUAUAGAUGUAUUUGGUGUAAGUAAAGAAUUCAAAGGGGCUGGGAGAGAGCCUUGUUCAGGGAGGAGGACCAAUAAUCUGUUGACUUUGCUUACACAUUUCUUCUACAGCAUUUCCAUUAACUGUGCCUUCUGACCAGCAGCACACAAAAAAAAUGCUGUGGACUUCAAGCUACAGCAUUCACACCUUUGUGACCAUCCAGUGCUGCACUUAUGGUCUGCCUCCAUUCUCUACUCCAGAGUGGGAUGGCCCCGGUUUCAGUGCUAACAGCUGUAGAUGACUUCCAAUCCAACCCCUGCAGAUCCAUGCUGGGAUGAGAAGCAGGCUGGCCAAAAUACUGGGCACAGUACUCUGUGCCUGAGGAAACCAGCGCUGAUGUCAGGCAAGACCACCACCAAGAGCCUGUUCAGCGGUGCAGAGCCACUGAGGGGGCACAGCUGCCUGGCAGCAGACAGAAAAGACAUGCUGGAACUGUUGUACAUAAGAGCCACAGGAGAAAUCAUAUCUGCUUUUCUUCUCUGCACACUGAGCUAAGGGAAGGAGUGCUCUCCAAGGUGCAGACUCGUGGAUGGGAGGAGGAUAAUCCUACUAGCCAAAGGGUGAGCAAAUACUGGGACCACACCAAAUACUCUGAGUAACAGAAGAAGAAAACAAGGAGAAAUAGAAAAGCAUCAGAAGAGAAAGAAGGUGAGGAGAAAGCCUAUCUACUCAUCCCAUAGCAGAAAAGAAAACAGCCCUCAGCGACAGGGGAAGUAUCCAAGACUGAUGGAAUUCAUGCUGUAGCUUGUCCAGUCCCUCCCAUCUGACAGGGAGGGGGGUCUCCUUUCAUGUCUGUGCUGCAGGAGUCAGCAGGAGCCCAGCCACAGAGGUAAUUACAUGUGUGACAGAGAAGACAAGUUUAAGUUCAGGGCAGGCAGCAGAGGAUGGACCCAGUCAGAGGAGAGCACUGGAGUUGUCUGUACCUGGCAGUGGCCUUGCUCUUGAGGUUUUUUAUACAUCCAUUGUAGCUGUGCUGCUCUGGCUGCUUCUCUUUCUGGGGGAUGAGUGCUGCCCAACACAAUGAGGUUAAAGAUGCUCCUGGCUCCUCGGGAUGGCUGGGACACUUCCUGGGAAGUUUGGCUGAUGUUCAUCUGGCCCCAUCAGAGCCAGAGAGAUGUAUGUUGUGUCACAGAAUUUGAGUACUGAGACAGCUGGAAGGAACCGAGUGGGCAGUCAGCACCUCCAUGGUGGUUUCUGCUCUCCCGUGGGAUCAGUCCUUCCCCUCCAGCUCCCUCUCAGCCUUUUGGUCACAGGGCUGUUAGGAAGAGGUACUUUCUCUUCAUAGCUCUCUUUGUGAACAGUUUUGUUCCUCUGUUCUUCUCUACUCUGGGUUUCAGGCCUGGCAGCCCCUCUGUACUCAGCCACUUCUGCUCUGCACUUGCAGAAAUUUUGCUGCUCGGUCUCCAUUGCAAAGCCUUGGCUUCUUCCCCAGCGGAAAGCUGCCUGUUCCUGUGUACACUCACCAUCCCUGACUAUGGGUUAUCCUGUGAAGGACAGUGCAAAGAGCUGCAGACUGCUGUAGGCUCAGAGGCAGCAUAUGCAUGGGAGGGUUCUCAUAGGCUGGGGAUCAGCUGUCACUGGGGAGAGCUGGCAGGCCUCUAAAGCGCUCAGCUCCCCCAGGCUGGCAGGAGAGAAUUGCUGGGGGGUGAGGCAGCCUCUCUCACGCUGUCUGGUUUCCCAUCUUCCCUGCAGGUGCUGUUCUUGUGCUCUGACCCAGCUCUGCAUUUGGCCGUUCUGAAUGUCUUUCCUGGCUUGUAGAGACCUCCCUUUGUUUUGGUCUUCAGCAAUCCUUUCCCCUCUGCUGGCAGGAUGGGAGGAGUGUGGAUGCCCUCAUGGUUAUCCUAUAGCCAUUGCCUUCCUAAGCCCUUCUCCACAGGUGUGUCCUUGCUUCAGCAGCAGCACAGCUCUAAGCAAACCCCUAAGCAUACAUUUAGGGCAUAUCACAUAUGAAAAGCUGAAGAAAACAAAGCAGGAGCUCCCUGAAAUUCCCAUACAUAUCCCAGAGAUGGGUGGUUUCAGCACAGGGUGGAAGGGAUUCAACCUUAAGUGACAGGAUGUGCCUUAUCUAAGCCUUGGGAAGUGACUGCAGUGAGGUGUGUCCAGUCAAGGAGGCUGAAAUCUCCAGCCUGAUACGUCUCCUGAGCAUUGUUUGGAAAAUGGUUUCUGCCCGUCACAUUUCCCCUUGCUGGCUGUGCCUGCAGUGGCAUUUUCCAGCCCUUUCCUGCCAUCAUGCUAAUGUCAGUGCAGUGACGGCAGAGAGAGACUCUAUGUCCUACCACUGUUUGUGCAGGGGUGCAGCAAGUGCAGGAGCAGCAGGGCAGGUCUAAGUCCUGCUUCCACCCAAGGGACCUGCUGGUGGCCCCUCCCAAGCCCAGUCAGGCUCGAUCAUGGCAGCGGGAAGACAGGUGGAGCAGGGAGGGUCCUGCUGGAGGUAAAGUUGGGUCUGGAUGGCUGAAAGCUGGAGUUUGUGCCAACAACCUCAAGUUAACCAUACAGUAGAGACAAAACCUGCCUGUCCUCAGCCCCUGCACAUAGGUUCCCUCAGGGCAAGAAGGAAAAAGGUAAUUUCUCCUCUCUGCCUCUGCUCAGACAUUGAUAAUCUCCAGUUUAUGCCAGUGUUCCUAGCCAAAAAGCCAACAAUUGACUUUUCCUCCACUUGACAGGCCUCCAGCAGUUUGGGUAGAUCUUGUUAUCAUAGCCAAAACAGAAAGCCCAUCUUCAGUUUCAGCCCACUUGCCUAUCUGGGUAACUCCCGUAUCAUUUCCACAGUGAGGGCUUUCCCUGAAGUCCAUCCGCACUCCUGUUCCCUAUGUGCCUUGAAGCAGCUGCCUGGUGCCUCCUGGCCCUGGAGAUGCAGGCACAUUCAUCACCCCAUGGUAGUAGAGUGCUCCUGAGCAGUGCAUGCAGUGUGGGAAGCCAAGAGCCUUUCAGACUGGGCUUUGGUGAAAAGCAUCAGCAGACACAGCUGCCAUUAUAUGCUUGGCAGAGGGUUUCAUGGGGGCUGAGAACAAAGUAUUGGCCAGGACACAAUCCUUAUGAGCUCCUCCUGCCAACUGUCCUUCUCAAACAUUAGCUGCCUGGGAAGGCAGGACGCCAGGCCACUCUUAGAGAGUUCAGUUUAGAAAGACAGGUAUCUUACACUUGGCAGCGCUCCAGCAUUCGGUGGAAGCAGGCUGGUGCAGCCUUCCCUUGGACUGGCCAGCUGAUGCACCCUCCUUUCACUAAAGGAUUAGAUGGAUUCCCCAUGCAAUGGCUGGUGGGUUGAGUGGGCUUUGUUGUACAAGACAUAAAAUGGCUUUCUUUGCCCUUUUUAGUGGUGUAUGAAAGUGCAGCGGGAUGCCAGGAUGGGGUUGAUGCAGAGGCUGGUUUCUAAGGCAAAGGCUGGCAGAUGCCAAGCCCCAGGCUGGCAGACUGUCAGGGAAGACAAGCCAGCACUGUGAAGUAGUGACAGACAUAUGAAGAACUGGACACCUCAACUGCACCUUGUGCAACCUCUCUGGCUCCUGUGCCCAUCCAUGCAUCACUCUUAGGCACGGGGCAGUCUCAGAGUCAAAGCCCAGUAGCGGAAUUAAUGCCAAGGACUUCACACUUCAUUCCUGCCCGCAUGAAUGGGCUCAUUGUAGGGGAACAGAGGGACGGCAGCACGCGGAUUACACGGCACUGCGGCAGCACUGGCAUCGCGCCAGCCCGACCCUUCAGUCCUUAGGCAGGCAGGAGAGCUGGCCUGAAAGAAGGCAGCUCUCUGCAAGGAAAGGAAGAGACCCCUAAACACGACUUAAGCCCUGUGGGACAGAGCCUGCCUGCUUGAGCAGAUGCAUCACUGCUGCAUCUCAAGCCCUCCUGGUGCUCAAGCACAUUUAAAUCUGGCUGCACAGAAUGAAGCAAAAAGGGCUGCAUUUGGACCCAGGGCUCACACAGCACAGUUACUUGGGAAUCAAUCAGCCUCUCACCGUAUGUGCCUCACAGCAGAUUGGGGAUUAAACUUGACUCACGUAUCAUGGUGGUCCUGUGCCCCAUAAUCUUGCUGUUAGUUGGGAAACCAAUGGAAAUCAGUUAAUUAGCACUAAUUAAUGCUUCCACAAGGAACCACGCUUUUCUAAUUAAGUGUGAGAGAGUGCAGUGACCUUACUGCAAGCAGAUCUACAGGCUUAGUGAGGCAAGGGGGGAUGGUCCUGUCCUCUCUCUCACACAGUGACAGGGACUAGAGGAACAGUCACUGCUGCUCUGCACUGGGUUCUGUCACCCUCCAGAUCCGUGUAUCCUGCUCUCCAGCUUGUGCAGCCCCUGAGCCAUGCCAGGGGUCUGCUUAUCACAUUACAACACCACAGGAGGGAGAACAGGGCGCACAACCAUGUGCUGGGGACUAAAGGCUUCCUCCUGUUCAUAUCACCCACAUCACUGCUAUCAGGGCAAGGAGGGAACACAAGCUAAAAGGAUGUGGUGAAAAGUGGGAAAUUUUACUCCCUCCAUAGUGAUUUAUUUCAUGUUUGGAGGGUCUGGUUCUUAUCCACAGUUUGCAAAAGCAUUUCAUGCUGGCCAGCUGUCAAGGAAAUGCGGACCAAAAGUAGACUUAGGGUAUGCUAUGGAAUUAGACUUUGUUCACAGGUGUGACCUGACCUCGGAGCAAGAACCCAGGGAACUGAGGAUGUCUGUGGGAAGCAGGAUGUGCCUUAGUAGCCAGGGAAGAGACCAGGGAGAGGUGGAACUCACCUCUGCAGGUCUGUUAUUGGUAGAUGUUCAUUCUUCCAUCAAGACCUCAUAUCCCAGACACAGAAGUGACAGCUUUGCUUUUCUGUUCCAGGACAUGUCUCGAAAACAUCAUACCUGGAAGGAGCAGAGUCCCUGGCUUUCAUCUCUGGUGGGGACUGGUGUGCCCACCAAGGGCUUCCCCAUGGGUGCAGAUGAGCAGGCAGCACACUGGAAUCCACCCCGUUGUGGUGUGCCAGACCUCCCGGUGCUGCCGGACGGCCAGAACGGGCGCAACCGACAGAAACGCUUCGUCCUUUCCGGGGGACGCUGGGACAAGACUGAUCUCACCUACAAAAUUAUCAGAUUCCCAUGGCAACUUGUAAAAACCAAGGUGAGAAGGACCAUCGAGGAGGCUCUGAAAGUCUGGAGCGAUGUGACACCGCUGACCUUCACUGAGGUUCAGGAGGGCCGGGCUGACAUUGUCAUUGAUUUCACAAGGUACUGGCAUGGUGACAAUUUGCCCUUUGAUGGGCCUGGAGGGAUCCUGGCACACGCAUUCUUCCCCAAGACGCAUCGGGAAGGAGAUGUCCAUUUUGACUAUGAUGAGACCUGGACGAUUGGGAACAACCUGGGCACUGACCUCCUCCAGGUGGCUGCUCAUGAGUUCGGCCACGUGCUGGGCCUGCAGCACACAACUGUCUCCAAGUCAUUGAUGUCUCCUUUCUACAUCUUCCGUUACCCACUGAGCCUGAGCGAGGAUGACAAGCAGGGUAUCCAGUACCUCUAUGGGAAACCCAAACUGGAUCCUGACCCAACCCCAACACAGCCAGCAGAGCUGCCCCAGCCAGACCUUGAAACAAACGAGAUCACCAACAUGGAGGCUGUGCAGCCCGAUGCCUGUGAGACAGCUUUUGAUGCUGCAGCCACCAUCCGGGGAGAGCUGUUCUUCUUCACAUCUCGCUACGUGUGGCGGCUCCGAGCUGGAAAGCUGCAGGCCGGUUACCCAGCUCUGGCCUCACGUCACUGGCAGGGGAUCCCAAGCUCUGUUGAUGCCACCUUUGAGGACCCUCUGGGCAAUAUCUGGUUUUUCCAAGAUUCUCAGUACUGGAUUUAUGACGGCGAGAGAAGAGUCUCUGGUCCCACCCCAACUGUAGAGCUGGGCCUCCCUCCUUCUCCUGUGCAGGCAGCUCUGGUGUGGGGGGCAGAGAAGAACAAGAUUUACAUCUUCAGUGGAGGCAACUACUGGCGCUUCAACCCUCGCACGCGCCAGGUGGACAACAUCUACCCCCGGACUAUGGCUGACUGGCGUGGUGUCCCACAGGAGAUUGAUGCUGCUUUUCAGGAUGAGUUGGGUUUCGCCUAUUUCCUGAGAGGUCGAGACUACUGGAAGUUCGACCCCGUCCAGGUGAAGGUGCUGGAAGGUUACCCACGCCAGAUCAGCCAGGACUUCUUCAGCUGCACACCUUCCUCCAACUCCUUCCGAUGAAGGAGCAUCCCCCACUUUUCCCUUCCAUCCCUGACCUCCAGCAGCCACCGAUGGCUCCGCUGCCCGUCCUGCCUCCUUCCAGGCGCAGAGCCUGACACAACAGACGUCUGUCACAACAAGUGACAAAGGUUGUUCCUCUCCUGUUCCAGCAGCAGCCCCAGCUUCGGUCACUAUCAAUACAAAAGCAUCUGCCACAUUCUUUACAGACACGAACAGGCCGGGCCCUUCCAGCGAUAGCAUCCCAAAAGCCAUCAGGCCCGCCUGGAACGGGACCUCCCCCCCAUAACCCCGACCCGCCGCCGCCCUCCGCUCUGUGAGGCCGCAGCCCCUCAGCCAGCCCGCGGCUCUCAGUGCUGGACACUGCCCGUCCGCACCGCGCUCCCGGGGACGGAACCAAAUGCGGGCGUCAACGUUUGUACGAUGCGU